AGUUCCUCCGCGAGCGCCGCCGAACCGAUCCCUUCAGCGGGGCGGCGCCUCCCGCCCGGCCCCCGCUGCGUGAUUCUCCUUCAGGCCCGGCCUAGCGGGCCCCCGCCGCCUUCCCCGCCCCGGCGGCACCGGCGCCGCCGCCGCCUCCUCCUCCUCCUCCUCCUCCUCCAACCCCCGUCAGGGCCGCCCCCGCCCCCGGCGGGCCCGCAGCGGAGCCGGGAGCAGCCCCGCCGCUCUCCGCGCGGCCCAGCAGGGCGGGAAGAUGGCGGCGGGCGGUGGAGGCGGCGGCCGGGCCUCCUCCUCCUCCUCCUCGGCCGCCGCCUCCUCCUCGGCCGGCGCGUUGGAGGCCUCGCUCGAUCGGAAGCUGCAGGCGGUGACCAACACGAUGGAGUCCAUCCAGGGCCUCUCCUCCUGGUGCCUGGAGAACAAGCGGCACCACAGCACCAUCGUUUACCACUGGAUGAAGUGGCUGCGCCGCUCUGCCUUCCCUCAUCGACUCAACCUUUUCUACUUGGCCAACGACGUCAUCCAGAACUGCAAGAGGAAAAACGCCAUCGUCUUUCGUGACACCUUUGCUGAGGUUCUCCCUGAAGCUGCUUCCUUAGUCAAGGAUCCAUCUGUUUCCAAAUCCAUUGAAAGAAUCUUCAAAAUCUGGGAGGACAGAAACGUGUACCCUGAGGAAACCAUUUUGGCACUUAAGGAAGCUCUGAGUACCACUUUCAAAACUCAGAAGCAGCUGAAAGAAACUCUGAACAAACAACCGAAUAAGCCGUGGAAGAAAUCACAAACCUCCACCAACCCAAAAGCUGCUUUGAAGUCCAAGAUUGUCGCUGAAUUCAGACCCCAGUCUCUGAUUGAUGAGCUGCUGUUGUACAAGCGCUCGGAAGACCAGAUUGAGCUGAAGGAGAAGCAACUUUCCACCAUGAGGGUGGAUGUUUGCAGCACGGAGACACUCAAGUGCUUGAAAGACAAAACAGGAGGCAAGAAGUUCUCCAAGGAGUUUGAAGAAGCCAGUUCAAAGCUGGAAGAGUUUGUCAAUGGUUUGGACAAGCAAGUGAAAAAUGGUCCCUCACUCACUGAAGCCCUGGAGAACGCUGGGAUAUUUUAUGAAGCUCAGUACAAGGAAGUCAAGGUGGUUGCAAAUGCUUAUAAAACAUUUGCCAAUCGAGUGAGCAACCUAAAGAAGAAGCUGGACCAGUUGAAAGCAACUCUUCCUGAUCCAGAGGAGUCUCCUGUUCCUUCUCCAAGCAUGGAUGCUCCUUCUCCAACGGGCUCUGAGUCCCCUUUCCAGGGGAUGGGGGAGGAGGAUGGUUCCCGCUCUCCGGGGGCUGGGAGCCGCAAGGUGGUGUCUCCGGAACCCGUGACGGAUAAUCGGGAUGUGGAGGACAUGGAGCUCUCUGAUGUGGAGGAUGAUGCCUCUAAAAUCAUUGUGGAGGAACGGAAGGAGAAGCAGGCAGCUCCAGCUCCAGCCCCAGCACCCCCCAAGACUGAAAGUGUCCCCAAGGCUGUGCCUUCCACUGCCACAGCAGGGACCACCCCGGUGACAGUGACCCCACCAGCCCCGGCUCCCACCGCUCCCAAGGCCGUCAGCGCCGCCCCCGUCGCGGCGCCAGCCCUGGCCCUGCCCAACCUGGCCAACGUGGACCUGGCCAAGAUCAGCUCCAUCCUGAGCAGCUUAACUUCUGUCAUGAAAAACACAGGUGUCAGCCCGGCCUCCAGACCUUCUCCAGGAACCCCCACGAGCCCAACAGCUCUUACCAGUGGCCUGAAGACUCCUGUCCUGGGGACUCCAUCUGCUCCUUCCAACCCUUUAGCAAAUAUUCUCUCCAAAGUGGAAAUAACUCCUGAAAGUAUUUUGUCUGCUCUCUCCAAAACCCAGACUCAGACGGCACCAGCACUGCAAGGUUUGUCAUCCCUGCUGCAGAGCGUGGCUGGGAACACGGCUCAGCCCGGCGAAGCGGCGCAGAGCACCUCGGCCUCGCCGGCCAACGCCGCCGUUCCCUGCCUGAAGGGCAGGAAUGUUCCUUCCAACCCUCAGUCCUUCAUAUCCAAGAGUUUUGGUUACUCUCCAAGCUCAUCCACUGCUGAGGUUUCCUCCACUUCGGUCACCAAGGCUCCUGUUGGACACACCCCAGGGCUCUCAAGCUCCGGUUUUAAGCCGCCAAGUAAUUCCCUGGGAUUUCCCCCCUCCCACCCUACCAGCCCCUCUUCCCUUUUGCCACCAGAAACUUCCCUGGCUCAAUCCACGGAGAUUCCAAAAGCCAAGCUGGAGUCGGAGCCCCCUUCUCCAAGCCUGGAGAUGAAGAUCCACAAUUUCCUGAAGGGAAACCCUGGCUUCAGUGGCCUCAACUUGAAUAUUCCCAUUCUCAGCAGCUUGGGCUCCAGCAUCCCGACGGAAAGCCACGCUUCCGACUUCCAGCGUGGUCCCACCAGCACUUCCAUGGACAACGUGGACGGAACCCCGGUGCGCGACGAGCGGAGCGGGACGCCCACCCAGGACGAGAUGAUGGACAAACCCACCUCCAGCAACGUUGACACUAUCUCCCUGCUGUCCAAAAUCAUGAGCCCCGGAUCUUCUACUCCCAGCAGCACCAGGUCCCCUCUGCAGAGCCGGGAUGAUGGAUAUUCCCAGGAAAUUCCCAACUCCGUGCACACCUACCGGCCCUUUGGCCUGGGCAGAGACUCUCCGGCCGGUCGGUACAAGCCACCUGCAGACAGCCUGGAGAUCCCUUCCUCUUUAAUGGACUCCUCCCAGGAGAAGUUUUACCCGGACACUUCUUUCCAAGAAGACGAAGAUUACCGGGAUUUCGAUUACUCCGGCCCGCCGCCCUCGGCCAUGCUGAACCUGGAGAAGAAACCAGCCAAAUCCAUCUUGAAAUCCAGUAAACUCUCAGAAACUGGAGACUACCAGCCAGUCCUAUCCAGCUACGCUCAAAGAUCCCAGGAAUUUGGUGUCAAAUCGUCCUUCCCUCAGUCCAUGAGGUCCAUUCUGGAGCAGAGCGAGAGCUGCGACCCGCUGGGCUCCUCCCCGGGGAUGUACGGGAGCUACGGCCUCCGGGGCAGCGACUCCACCACGGAUGGUUCCCCCUCUCCCAGCAAGAACGAGGUGUUUUUCACCCCAGAUUCCAACCACAACACCCUGCCCAAGGCCGUGGUGCACUCGGGCCUCUCGCAGAAGCAAUACCCGGACUCUCCCCACUCCAUUCCUCACCGUUCCCUUUUCCCUUCUCCAAACCCCCUCUCCAGCCCCGCUGGCAGAGUCCCCUCCACCAGCGUGGAGAAAUCUUUGGCUUCUUCCAUCUCGGCCACUUCCACCAUGGAAUUCAAGAACAUGCUGAAAAACGCUUCCCGGAAACCAUCCGAGGAGAAGCAUUUUGGUCAACUUUCCAAAAACAACUCCGGUGAGGGUGGGAAUUUAUCCAGUGCUCCCAAGGGGGAGGCUCAGGAGGAGCACUAUCGGAUCGAGACCAGGGUCUCCUCCUCCUGCUUGGACCUUCCUGACAGCACGGAGGAGAAAGGAGCCCCCAUCGAGACGCUGGGGUACCACAACGCCUCCAGCAGGGGGAUGUCAGGAGAGCCCAUCCAGACCGUGGAAUCCAUCCGUGUCCUGGGAAAAGGGACACGAGGACGUGAGGCCAACCGGGCGGCCGGUUGGUUCGAGCUGGGUGGUGGCACCGGUGGCUUUGACAACGGCCCCUCGGGCACCUCGGAGCUGCCCGGGAUGGGGGGUUUCCCACCCCCUUACAAAGAGCACGUCCCCCAGUUCCCGGAGAGCGUCAACAACUUCCGAACCAACAACUUCAGCCACCACAUCCCCCCCCCGCCGCCACCCCUCGCCCCUCCCCCGAUGGAGCACGGGACUCCCUUCCCACGGGACCCCGUGGGACCCCCCGCCGGACCCCCCCCGCCACCCCCCCCCCCCGCCAAGGACCACGGCAGCCUCUUCCCCAGGGAGCACCCGCUCCCUCACGCCUUCUCCAAGGAAACCGCCGCCCCCCUCUCCCUUCCCCACGGCGUCCCCCCACCUUCCUCGGUGGAGCACGCCGGGGUCCCCUUCCCCACCCCCCCCCCCCCCCCUCCCGGCGACCACCCCGGGGUCCCCUUCCCCACCCAACCCCCCUCAGCCGGUGACCACCCUGGGGUCCCCUUCCCCGCCCCCCCCCCGCCGCCCCCCAUGGAUCACGGCUCCAUCCACCAAGGGACGAUCAAAGAGCAUUUCUCCGUGCACGCCCCCCCAACCCGAGAAGCAGCCCCCCAACCUCCCGGCACCCCCACGACCCCCUUACCCCGUGCCCGGGAGGCCGUGGGGCUCAACCCCCUCCCCAGGGAACAACUGGGAGCUGGGGGGGGACGCACCAUGGGACCCCCCCCCGCGACUCACCGGGACGGCGGCAACCGCGCCGGGGUGCUGGUCAGGACCCCCCGCGCCGAGUUCAGACCCCGAGAGCCCUUCAGAGACCCCUUCCAUAGCCUCAAAAGACCCCGACCCCCCUUCACCAGAGGGGGGGCUCCCUUUUUUGCCCCCAAACGUCCCUUUUUCCCCCCCAGGUACUGAAGCAGAUGCCCCCCAACACCCGGACGCUGUUCCAGAGCAGCGUUUUCAACUUGGAUUUUUUCCAUCUUUUUCUUUUCCUUCCCCCCCCUCCCCCCCCUUUUUCCUCUUCAAACAACAAAACAACCCCCAUAACCUUCUCCUAAAUUAAAUCUUGUCAUUUUUUUUGGCUUUAA